AUGGACAACACCGAUCAAGAAAUCGAUACCAAGCAGGAGGAGCUGAGACACAAAAAGCAAGAAAAGCUACUUGCAAAAAAGACCGCCGCACAGAAGGCGCAAAAUCAACUGUACCGGGACCACCUAAACCGGGAGCGAGAGUUUUCAGUGCAAACAGAAAAAACAUUCUUUGCUGGUUGGGAAACGCUUUGUUCUCAGGUUCGCUCCGAUCAGCUGGCAGAGGAGCUUCGACAGCAAAAGCAAUGUUUUGGGACCGUUUUCGACCGCAAAAACGAAAUCAUCCAGCGAUUGGUUGGUGUUCGGGAUGAAGUCCAAGAAAUACAUACCAAAUGCUUGGCUCGACUGGGGAACGUCAUCGACUACUAUAUCCGUCUGAAGGAUUACCUCACCGCAACAAUGCUAAAGCACUAUGAAACCGAAGCUCAAAACCUUCUCAAAGAUUUCCGCGAAGAAGUCGAAAGCAAAGAGAGCUUUAGCUGCUCCCAAAUGGAGGAGCUUGAUGCUUCACUGGCGGAACUACUGUCCAAAAUGAAGCAGGAUAAAUCGGCUGACCGCGAGUGGCUACUUGAAAGCAACAACCAGAACAUAAGUGCGCAAGUGGAAAAGUGUGAAAUUAUUCGCGAUAAAAAAUACGCCGAAAUGAGUGCCCUCUACCGGCGACUGCGAGCAACACUCGAUAGCUACUUCCAAACCGUGCUGUACCGGGAGCGGAAACAAUCGUACGAUCGGCUUGUCUACUACACCGAGCUUGAACAGCAAGCCAUAGAGCAACGGCGCUGUCAGGUGGCCGUACUGCAGAUGAAGAAAACGCAACUCGAUCACACCCUUACGCUUACCAAUAUUGGCGAAAGACGGAAGCUGCGUACGCGCCACAACUAUCGUCGGCUUCUCGAGAUGAAGGUGCAAUUGCUAAAGGAACAGCAGAAACAGCUGGACGUUGAACAUCACCAGUGCAUGAAAAAGAUCUGUUCCUUCACGCAUCAUUUAAAAAACGUGCUUACGGAACAUCUGGCCUGGGGCAAUAGAAUUGCUAAAUUAGGUCUUAUCUGCACACAGUACGAAACGGAACAAGAUCAGAAAUAUGCUGCCAAAUGGCUCCGGGAAGAUGGAGACGAUUCAAAUGCACUUGGCCACAACGAACUUGAUGAUUUAUUCGGCACUUUAACAAACAAAAUUAAUCGCAUAGAAGCAUUCAAUAUUAUUUACCGCGAAGAAAGAACUCGCUUGAAAAUCGAAAACAAUGAUCUCAAAACCAAAUUCAAGGCUUACUGCGAACUGCACAAAAUUACCAACCAGGAAAAGUUGCUUCUCUGUAGCCAUGAAGUAGUGGCCCCCGGUCAACGCAGUGAAUAA